AUGAUUCGCGGACUAAACUCGCCGGGCGGCAUCGGAUUGCCCGCCAAUCCGAGAGCCCAACAAGGUGGUCAACCACCAACACAAAACCAACAACAACAGCAACAACAGUUCUAUGAUGACGAGCCGUAUCAGGCGAACGCCUCGCGGUUUCCAUUCGGUGGCGGUGUCGGAAAAAUUAUGGAACAACGUCGCGAGACGGGAAACCUCAUUCCAAUCGCACAACGCUCGAUGGGAUCGUCGACACCGUUCGGUUCGGCGCCAGCGCAGACAUAUUUCGGUGGAAAUAGUGGAGCGUUGAGUAGUCCGAGGAAAAUGCAGCAGACACAUCAAAUGUUAUUCGGGAAUAUUCAGCCGGUUAGUUUUUUUUGA